CACAAAACGAUUUUAAACAAAUAAACAAACUAUCCUUUACCCUUUACCAUCUAAAAAAUAUUACACAUCAAUCCGCAAUCUGACGUUUGUUGAAAGAUUAUCUGUUAAGCUGCUCCAAGGCGGAGUUUCGAGAUAAGAGAAAUUAAUAUGUUUAUUUUCGUGAAUUCUUGGUAUGUGACUAAUUUAUAAAUAAUUACGAUACGAGGAAAAAAUUAAAGAAAACACAAACGCAUUGGAUUGGGAGAUGUCACAGGCUGGUGGUAUGGGGAUAAGGUGCACAGUAGUAAUAUAACUUUAUUUUUUGUUGGUUUUUAUUUAUUUAAGUGUUGAAUAUGGAUCCUAAACUACAAGGCAAACCGAGUCCUGUCAGACAAUUUCAAGCCAUUCAUGGAGACCCCGAGGAUGCAUAUCCGAGCCUAUCGGAUUUCCACGACUAUGAACCAAACUUAGAAUUCGAUGAUACUGAAUUGCAACAUCCUACAGGAGUCGAUGCAGGUAUUAUCGAUUACAUUGCCCCUCUGAGUACAAAUAGUGGAAGCAGGAGGAAACAAAUAUAUCGGAAGAGACCAAAACGUUUUGAGGAAAUUGCAAAUUAUGGAGUCAUCGAAGUCGUUGGUGAUGACACGGCUGGACGCAAAACUAUAGUUGUCUACGCCUGCAGACUGCCUGCUAAGGAAGUUCUUAAUUUACAACUUCUUUUAGAUUACAUAACCCACACCCUCGACGCCUUCGUCAACGAGGACUACACCCUAGUCUACUUCCACCAAGUCACCAGCAGAAACAAACCACCUUUGACGUGGCUCUGGCAGGCCUACAAAGCCUUCGACAGGAAAUUCAAGAAGAACCUGAAGGCCCUAUAUCUAGUGCACCCGACCAACUUUAUCCGAAUCGUUUGGCAAAUCUUCAAGCCCGCCAUCAGCAAAAAGUUCGGCCGGAAAGUCAUGUAUGUCAAUUACCUUUACGAACUCAGCGACCUGCUGCACUUGGAACAGAUGAGCCUGCCUCAGACCAUCUUAGAUUUCGAUGCCCAAUUGUUGUCAAAAAAUCCAAAAGCAACGACGGUGACGAAUACUCAAGUGGAUCGCGUCAAUGCAAAUGUAUCGGCGGUUAGUCAUCAUUUGCCGACGCAACAAUUUGGUGUUUCUUUGCAGUAUAUUAAAGAAAAUCAUCCCGAUAUCGAAGAUGAUAUUCCGCCGAUUGUUAGGCAGUGUAUAGAGUUUCUGGAACAACCUGAUGCCUUAGAAACAGAGGGUUUGUUCAGACGUUCCGCCAAUGUAACGACGAUAAGGGAAUUGCAAGAUCAGGUGAACAAAGGCGAGACGAUAAGUUUUGGUGGUGACCCUCAUGUUGCCGCCGUUAUGCUUAAAACAUUCCUUCGAGAACUGGAAGAACCCCUAUUGACUUUCGACUUGUACGAUGAGAUUAUACAAUUUUUAUGUUGGCCUAAAGACGAAAGACCGAAAAGGGUGAAAGUUCUCAUAUUAGAAAAACUGCCGAUGGAAAAUUUGAAGCUGUUGGGAUUCAUUGCUAAGUUUUUAUGGAAGGUGAUGGACAGGUGCGACCUGAACAAGAUGACCUCCUCCAACUUGGCAGUUGUUUUCGGGCCAAAUCUGGUUCGUCAUCAGACCUGCACAAUGUCACUGCAGGCAAUUGCACCGAUAAAUGCAUUUACCGAUUUCAUGCUGCAGAACCAAGAGUCGAUUUUUAUUGUGUAAGUGAUGAUCAUAAUCAUAAUUGAUGAUGGACUAAUUAUUACGAUGCAUAUUUAAUAUGUAUUCAAUAGGUAAUAUGAAAGAAUUUGUUUAAUUAAGUCAAUUAAUGGUAAAAAAAAUAAUGCUGAUGUUGGUUUGUUUUUGUGUUCGAGAGACUUGUUGAGAUUUUAUAUGAAAGAGGAUCAAAAUAGUUAGUGACUACUUAUGUUUGUAUAAUAUGCAGAAUUUUAUGAUAUUUGUUAAUGUGGUGCAAGAACUGGUGAAAAAAAUUAAGGAGGAAAAUACAUAAAAAACUGAAAAACAAAAGCGCAAAAAUCCAAUCGCAUUAACUGAUAAAAACUGAUGAACAUUUCAUAAAUGAGUAAAUUUAUGGACCGAUUCUCUCCCAACAGACUAAUGUUAUGGCAAGGCCAUGUUACGCUUCAACUUCCAUACACUAUGCUACCGAAUCAUGUGCUUUCAGGCGUUUUACACGUAAACUGCAACGUCACUCGUGU